AAGCCGUUCACUUUUCUCGUUUCAUUUGUUGCACAUAGUAAAAAAUUUUGAAGCAGAGAAGAGAUUUUAGAGGAAAACAGAGAGGGAACCCUUUGGUUGAAUUUACCAGAGGGUCAAUCUUUCCAGGAAGGAGAUAGCAACAUAAUCGAAAACCCAAUUCAAAUAUGCCAUUUUUUAGCAUCGCUACGUUUCUCCUUCCUGGAAUUCGUGUUUUGCUCAAAGGAAUCCCUGCUUUGACAUUGGUCAAUGCAUCUCCAUAGACUUCUUCCGUCUUGGAUCCGUCAUCUAGUUUCCUGUAUGGGAGGUUGUCUUGGGUGCUGUAAUAAACCUCCUAUUGUCAUUUCUGUGGAUGAACCAUCAAAGGGACUCAAAAUUCAAGGCAAAUCAGUGAAGAAAGCUAGCGUCUCAGAAGAUUUUUGGAGCUCUAGCGCUUGCGAAAUUGACAAUAGUACAGUUCAGUCCCAGAGGAGUAUUUCAUUGAUGAGCACAUCAGAUCUACCCCUUGAUCCCUGCAGCAGUGCUGGAACCUCGAGCAAUCCUGUCGAAUUUGUAAAUCAUGGCCUUCUUCAAUGGAAUCAGACAAGGCAACAAUGGCUUGCACAUAGAAGGCCCCAGAAACCAACAAAAGUUCGAGAACCCACGAUAAGGCAAUUCUUCUUAUCAUAAUUUGCUUAUCAAAUCCCUUUUUUCUUAUUGUUAAAAAAACAUAGAGAACUUAUACGUGCAUUUCCCAAUGCAUUUGGAUAUCA